AUGGUGUCCGUUCGUAAGCGUAAGAUGGCCAGAUCGUCCGUCAAGAAGGCCACGAGGCGCAUGAAGGACAGACAGAGGCAAGUGAGGAACUUUGGAAACUCUAUUAUUGCGGCAAACUGGGAUCCAAAGCUGUCUCUGUCACAGAACUAUGAGAAAAUGGGUCUGAAAGUGCGACUGUCGCAACAGACUGGGGGAGUGGAAAAGAAAAUCACUCCACAGUUUCCUGAAAGUGAUGAUGAAUUUGUCGUUGAUGAAACUGAGGAAGAAGAAGAAGAAAGGAAAAGCGACUCAAAGGACUCUUUAGACCCAGCAGAUAUUCCCGAAGGAACAGCUAAACUUGUGCGUGAUGACGAAGGAAAUGUCAUCAAAGUGAUAUAUGGUACAAAGAAACUUACCGAGGAAGUUCAAGAGGAGAAGCCUCCCACGGAGGUGGUCAAGAAACUCGAAGAGCUUGCCCAGCAGAAGGUGGUAAAGGAACGCAAACAGAGCGCAAGAGAGGUCGAUUGGCUAGCAGAUCUGUACAACAAGUAUGGAGACGAUUAUGAGAAGAUGAAAUGGGACAAGAAACUCAAUCCUUAUCAGCACAGUGCUGGUGAGCUGAAGAAGAGAAUCACUAAAUGGAAGAAAACCCAGGGUUUGAGCACGUAG